AUGUCUGCUCAGCUCUCAAAAACUGACUCGGAGGUAAGUAGCCUGACUCAGUCCUCGCCCACACGAUCUCCACGCCGAGCAGUUUACUACGUGCAGAGCCCGUCAAGAGAUUCUCACGAUGGUGAAAAGACGACAAACUCCUUCCACUCGACGCCUGUGCUCAGCCCCAUGGGCUCACCACCUCACUCUCAUUCCAACUCUUCUUUAGGUCCUCAUUCUUCUCGUGAGUCGUCCUCCACUCGCCUGUCUGCCUCACUAAAACCCCACCACCAUCGCAAGAAUAAUGAACGGAAGUCCCGCAAGCCAUGGAAGGAGUUUGACGCCAUUGAAGAAGAGGGACUUCUUGAUGGAGAAAACAUGCACAGUGGUCUUUCUCGUCGCUUCUAUUUUCUUACUUUUGUUGUGGGAUUCUUUGUGCUUUUUUCUUUGUUUUCUUUGAUCUUGUGGGGUGCUAGUAGACCUCAAAAACCUACCGUCACAAUGAAGAGCAUUGAAUUUGACCAGUUCGUGGUUCAAGCUGGAGCAGAUUUCUCCGGAGUAGCAACUGAAAUGGUGUCAAUGAAUUGCACAGUGAAGCUCACAUUUCGGAACACUGCUACAUUUUUUGGUGUACAUGUAACAUCAACACCUCUAGAUCUAUCAUUCUCUCAACUCACUGUGGCCAUUGGAACAACACGUAAGUUUUAUCAAUCAAGAAAGAGUCAGAGAUCAAUUACAGUGAUGAUGAAGGGAAAUAACAUUCCAUUGUAUGGAGGAGGAGCUAGCUUGGGCAGUGUAAAUGGUGCACCGAUCGAAGCAGUGCCAUUGACACUGAACUUGAUGGUUCGUUCAAAAGCUUAUGUUUUGGGGAGACUAGUGAAACCCAAGUUCUAUAAUAGAGUGGAAUGCGGGGUGGUUAUGGACCCCAAGAAAAUGAAUGUAAAUAUAUCGUUAAAGAACAAGUGUACUUACCACUCAACAUGAGAGACAGUGAGCAUAGUAGCUAGUUGGCAAUUGCAAAAUUGUGUGGUAAAUGGCAGGUAUUGACCCAACUAUGGAGAGUGGGAUCUGGAUUUUGUUAAGAUCUUCGAGAGUUUAAAAUGUAGGAGCCAGCCGUCGGUGGUUUUAAUAAAUAAAUAUUGUAAUUCUUUAA